AUGGAUAGCUACUCCCUCCUCUACAGUUCUUCCCACAGAACCAGACUUCUCGCCGGCUUCCAGCACCUGCGCUCUGAAGGUAACAUGUGCGAUGUCGUCCUGGAGGUCGGCGGUGUGUCUUACCCUUGUCACCGCGCCCUUUUGGCCAGCUCCAGCGAGUAUUUUUGGGCCCUGUUUGGAGAGACUACCGCUGAGAGAUUAGCGGGCUCCAUUAGCCUCCCGGCGCUAACACCUGAGGGUUUAGAUGCCAUUCUGGACUUCCUGUACUCCGGCUGGCUCCGCAUAUCAUCGCCUACACUUCCUGUGGUCUUAGAGGCGGCCAGGUACUUGCAAGUGGAGACGGCCGUGUCAAUAUGUGAGCGCUUUUUGACUGAUGGUCUAAACACAGAUAAUUGCUGCUGCUAUGCUAACCUAGCCGAGCAUCACGCCCUCUCGGAUGCCCUUGAAGCUGCCAAUCAAACCAUCGCUAUGGAGAUGGGGACGUUGCUGAAGGAAAGCAGGAAUGAUCUUCUCGGGCUGAAUAUCCAAUCACUGAUGGUGGUGCUUGACGCUGACGAGAUACCUGGUGUCAAGGAGGUGGAGCUCAUAAAGCUGGCUCUGGAUUGGCUGGAUGAGAAUGGGCCCCUCCCUUUGCUGAAAUCAAAUCUCCUGCUGAGUCAUCUGCGCUUCGGAUUGGUCGCCCCCUCUGACCUCAAAGAUCUCAGCCACGCCCACAGAGCCAUGGCCACACCUCUCAUCAGAAGCCAGCUGACUCGGGCGUUGGAGUACCACCGGCUGGGUUCAGCUCAGCCAAUCAGACAGAGCAAACAGUCGACACUAAGGGGGUCGCCAAAUCGCGUGCUCCUUGUGGGUGGAGGAUCCAGCCCUGAUUGGCCGGAGCAGCAGAUGCUGUCGUUUGAUCCUAGAAGCAGGAAGUUCUCACCUCUGAGCUCCAGCCUCCCGCUGCGACUGAGAAAUCACUGUGUUUGCUCGGUGGGAGGUUUCCUCUUUGUGAUCGGGGGAAAGGAAGUGAAAGAGGGGGACGAGAAUGGGAAAAAGUGUGUCACCGUGGCGACAUCCAAGCAGGUGUGGCGCUACGAUCCUCGCUUCGACCACUGGGAGACGAUGGAGUCCAUGCUGGAGAGGCGGGAGAAGUUCACCUGCUGCGUGGUGGACGAUGUUAUCUACGCCAUCGGGGGACGACACGCGCGACCAGACGGCAACACACACACAUCCAUAGCUUCUGUUGAGUUUUACGACAUGGCCACAGGAGCAUGGAGGAGAGGAGCGACGAUGCCACACCCCCUUUACGGCCACGCUUCCGCCGUGCUUGACAACGGCGUUUACGUGUCUGGUGGUCGUUCGGCCAACCAGGGCGGCAGUUACCCAGGCGAUAACCCAGACAACCACAGCAGGGAAGUCCUGUUCUGGGACCUCAAAGGAAGAGUCUGGGAGAAGCGGGCGUCCAUGUCCAUCGGCAGGUUCAGCCACCGCAUGGCGACGGCCCAAGGUUACAUCUACGCCCUGCUGGGAAUGUACGAGCCUUUCUGCGAUAUCGAGCAAUACGAUUCGGAGUCGGACCACUGGACCCGCCUCCGACCGCUUCUCACCGGCUCCUUCAACUACGGGGUGGUGUCAAUGCCGUCUGGGAAUCUGCUGGUGUUUGGCGGGAGGAGGUGGAGCGACGGACAGGAGGUGAUAGUGAAGAGUGUGUUGGAGUACGAUACAAAGACGGAUCGCUGGAGAGAGAUCUGUCAGCUCCCCAGACCUCUCACUGGGACCGAGUGCACACUGCUGCCUCUACCAGACUAA